AUGCGUGAGAUCGUCCACCUUCAGACCGGCCAGUGCGGUAACCAAAUUGGUGCCGCCUUCUGGCAGACCAUCUCUGGCGAGCACGGCCUCGACAGCAAUGGCGUGUACAACGGCACUUCUGAGCUCCAGCUGGAGCGCAUGAACGUCUACUUCAACGAGGCCUCCGGCAACAAGUAUGUUCCCCGUGCCGUCCUUGUCGACUUGGAGCCCGGCACUAUGGACGCUGUCCGCGCCGGCCCCUUCGGCCAGCUUUUCCGCCCGGAUAACUUCGUUUUCGGCCAGUCGGGUGCCGGCAACAACUGGGCCAAGGGUCACUACACUGAGGGUGCUGAGCUCGUCGACCAGGUUCUCGACGUUGUCCGCCGUGAGGCCGAGGGCUGCGACUGCCUCCAGGGUUUCCAGAUCACUCAUUCGCUCGGUGGUGGUACCGGUGCCGGUAUGGGUACCCUCUUGAUCUCCAAGAUCCGUGAGGAGUUCCCCGACCGCAUGAUGGCCACCUUCUCCGUCGUGCCGUCCCCCAAGGUCUCCGACACCGUCGUCGAGCCCUACAACGCCACCCUCUCCGUCCACCAGCUGGUUGAGAACUCGGACGAGACCUUCUGCAUUGAUAACGAGGCUCUCUACGACAUCUGCAUGCGCACCCUGAAGCUGUCCAACCCCUCGUACGGCGAUCUCAACUACCUGGUCUCGGCCGUCAUGUCGGGUGUCACCGUCUCGCUGCGCUUCCCCGGCCAGCUCAACUCCGACCUGCGCAAGCUCGCCGUCAACAUGGUUCCCUUCCCCCGUCUCCACUUCUUCAUGGUCGGCUUCGCCCCCCUGACCAGCCGUGGUGCCCACUCGUUCCGCGCCGUCACCGUGCCGGAGUUGACCCAGCAGAUGUUCGACCCCAAGAACAUGAUGGCUGCCUCCGACUUCCGUAACGGUCGCUACCUGACUUGCUCUGCCAUCUUCCGUGGCAAGGUCUCGAUGAAGGAGGUUGAAGACCAGAUGCGCAACGUCCAGAACAAGAACUCGUCCUACUUCGUCGAGUGGAUUCCGAACAACGUCCAGACCGCCCUUUGCUCGAUCCCUCCCCGCGGUCUCAAGAUGUCGUCUACCUUCGUCGGUAACUCGACGGCCAUCCAGGAGCUGUUCAAGCGUAUUGGCGAGCAGUUCACUGCUAUGUUCCGUCGCAAGGCCUUCUUGCAUUGGUACACUGGUGAGGGUAUGGACGAGAUGGAGUUCACUGAGGCUGAGUCCAACAUGAACGAUCUCGUGUCGGAGUACCAGCAGUACCAGGAUGCUGGUGUGGACGAGGAAGAGGAGGGCUACGAUGAGGAGGUCCCGGAGCAGGAUGAGUAA